CACACACACACACACACACACACACACACACACACACACACACACACACACACACACCAAGGCGCACAGGCCGCCGUCUACAGCCAUCAUGGAGACAACCAAGCUGCCUCCUUCCAGCCCGUCCUCGCCGACCACCAGCUUCUCGGUGCCGUCCGCGGAGAAGGUGGAUGGUUUCCCGCGGAGGUCGAUGCGCAGAGCCCGGCAGAGGAGGUCCCACAGCUCCUCCCAGUUCCGGUACCAGAGCUCCCAGGUGGAGCUCACCCCGCUGCCCCUGCUCAAAGACGCCCCGGUGGCAGAGUUACAUGACCUGUUCUGUAAGAAGCUGCAGCAGUGCUGCGUGCUGUUUGAUUUCCUGGACUGCGUGGCCGACCUGAAGGGGAAGGAGAUCAAACGUGCGGCGCUCAACGAGCUGGUGGAGAGCGUGGCCACGAGCAGAGGAGUUCUCAUAGAGCCUCUGUACCCCGAGGCCAUAAAGAUGAUCUCAGUAAAUAUCUUCCGGACCCUCCCGCCCAGCGAGAACCCAGAGUUUGACCCUGAGGAAGAUGAACCAACACUCGAAGCCUCCUGGCCGCAUCUGCAGCUGGUGUACGAGUUCUUUCUGCGUUUCCUGGAGAGCCCGGACUUCCAGCCCUCCAUGGCCAAGCGCUACGUCGACCAGAAGUUUGUCCUGCAGCUGCUGGAGCUGUUUGACAGCGAGGACCCCAGGGAGAGGGAGUACCUAAAGACCAUCCUGCACCGUGUCUAUGGAAAAUUACUGGGACUCCGAGCGUACAUCCGCAAACAGAUCAACAACAUCUUCCUCAGGUUCAUAUAUGAAACUGAGCACUUCAACGGAGUCGCGGAGCUUCUAGAAAUCCUCGGCAGCAUCAUAAACGGCUUCGCCCUGCCUCUGAAGGCCGAACACAAGCAGUUCCUGGUCCGGGUUCUCAUCCCGCUACACACGGCAAAGUCCCUUUCCAUCUUCCACGCACAGCUGGCCUACUGUGUGGUGCAGUUUAUGGAGAAAGAUGCUACAGUGACUGAAUACAUCAUCAGAGGGCUGCUCAAGUACUGGCCAAAAACGUGCACGCAGAAAGAGGUGAUGUUCCUGGGGGAGAUUGAGGAGAUCCUGGAUGUAAUCGAGCCCUCUCAGUUCAUCCGGGUCCAGGAGCCGCUCUUCAGGCAGAUCGCUGCCUGCAUCUCCAGCCCUCACUUCCAGGUAGCGGAGCGGGCUCUUUACUUCUGGAACAACGAGUACAUCCUCAGUCUGAUCGAGGAGAACUGUCAAGUCAUCCUGCCGCUGGUGUUCGCCACGCUGUACAGAGUCUCCAAGGAGCACUGGAACCAGACCAUCGUGUCUCUGAUCUACAACGUGCUGAAGACCUUCAUGGAGAUGAACAGCAAGUUGUUUGAUGACCUCACUGCCUCCUACAAAGUGGAGAAACAGAAAGAGAUGAAGAGGGAGCGGGAGCGUGCCGAUCUCUGGCGGGGUCUGGAGGAGCACCAGGACCGCCGGAUGCAGAUGCUCACCGAGGCCGCCAGGAACCAGCGCAACCUCCAGGAGCGAGGCGAGAGAGGGGACCCGCCGAGCCCCUCGUCCCCGCAGACGGCUCACUCCGACCAGCCCGAGCCCAAGCCCAGCGGGGCCUCCUCUUUCUCUGGAGCCGGGGAGAGCGCCACCUAGGUGCUGCUCCACGGAGAAUGGAUAGCACGGGGUUAGGGGACAGGGAGACGACACAAGGUUGAUGGUGAAAAGUGUUGGGAGAGAAAAGGUACAAAACAAAUCCACAGCUCUUUUUAUCUUGUAUCAUGGAGGGCGUGGCUUUUUGUGAAAAAGCGCACAAGCUCAGUGAUCCGAGGUAAAGGCUGCACCUUUCUUUUCUGACAGAGUUGUGUGAAAGUGGUUAACUUUUUGCUGUACACACAUCAUGUCGCAGAUCAGAAGAUGAAUAUUGCCCAAAAGUGCAGACUGUCAUUUUAAUCAGCGGCUGGUUCCUAACUGCAGGUCAGUAUCCAAACAUUGGUAGCUGGCCUGCUUAAAAUCAGCCUCAAAAUAAGAGAUGAAAUUUCUCUUUUGGUGCAACACUUACCAAGUUUAACGUGUCUAACUUGUCUUGAUAUUUAACCAACCGAGUCUGUACUGUGGCCGCGUAUUUAUCUUUUGCUCAGAGAUGCUUAUUUCAUGCGUGGACAGCACAAUACAUCAAUAAAACAAAGGAAGCAAUUUCACACAAAUGUCCCGAAACUGUUGCUGCACAGACCAGAAACACACACAUAGUCGCAGGUACAUAUUUACUGUAAAUAUGACUAGACAGAGCAGAGAGAAAAUGUAUCAAACAAAAAAAAUGCAUCAAAUUAUUGCAUCCAAUUUUUGUUCCACACACCCCCAAACAUACACACACACACACACACACACACACACACACACACACACACACACACACACACACACACACACACACACACACACACAGCUGGUUCUGCCGGGUUGGUCGGGCCUAAAGUCUCUGAUGAAGAUGAUGAUGAUGAUGAUAUAAAGUACAAUACUGUUCCUUCUUCUUACUUGUUACUCUACUACUACUACUACUCUACUCUACUCUAAGUACUACUGAUGAUGAUGAUGAUGAUGAUGAUGAUGAUGAUGAUGAUAAUGUUUUUAUAUAUAUACAUAUGUCUCUGGAUAUUUCUGUAGUGUAUUAUGGGAGAAACACUAGUGUAGCAGAUACCAUAGAGGGGAAGGCCGGCUGGAAUUCUGGGUUCACACGUUAGCUGUACGCGGCCAUCAUGGUGGGUGCUGGAAUUCAGCCGAGUUCCCCUUUAACAGACCUUAAAGAGUAGGGGGAUGAAUUGGACUGGUGGUGGCUGUUUUUCUUUUACUUUGAAAAUAGGGAUGUUUGUGGUGCGGCGGGCUUAAUUUAAAAGGGGUAUCGUAACAAAUCCAAAAACAUUCCAUAUUUAGAGAUAAUUUUGCGUUAGGCUGCCGAGUGGAGCUUUCUUGUAAACAAAGUUGUUUUUAGAUCUAGUGUUGCUCAACAAAACACAUAUACAAAAUGUGAUGACCUCCUUAUAAAACACUUGAUUUUUAGAUAUUUUAACUCUUUCAUCGUUUACAUCCAUGUUUACCUGCUAGCAUUUUUCUUCUUCCCUUAUUGAGCAGCACACUGCUAACUGUCUUUGCACAUUUUUGCACACAAACAAUGGAAUAGCAUGUAACUGGUAGCUUGAUGGGAAUCACAUUGCCCCUUGUGCGCAAUAGAAACAUAACAGGCCCGCUUAAUAAAAACAAAACAACUCCACAGGGUACCUUUUAUUUUAAAUUUGCAGCACACAAUUCUCUUUUUUUGUUUACAAUGUACUAAUUUGCUUCCAUAGUUAUCGCAAAGUUGAAGUUUUUAACCCCGCAAUUUCUAACCAAAAAUGUAUCCAUGCAUAAUAGCAAACCCCACCCCACACAGAGGUUACCGGGGUACAAAUGAAGCGCACCACAAGUGUUUCAGACUAAAAAGAAAAACACACAUCCAGUUUGAUUUCCGAGCCGGAGCGUCUGUUCCUUUAGGCAGAGACCUGACGCUGCUCGGUGGCGUCUUGGUGUGUACCGAGAAGAAUCAGUUUAUUCUUGUCUGAUCAUGAUGAAAAAGUGACGCGGUGAAUAGAAAGGGGAAAAAACUGAAAAAAAAUAUUUUAGCAAUAUUUUCAUUCUUUCAGAAUAAUUUGUGUUUUUUUAGGGGGUUAAACAUGAAGUGGGUGUCACUCUCAAAUGUUUACCCCCCACUCUUGUUUUUACUCCUGUUGCGUCCUUGAUAUUCACAUUGUCUUAAAGGUACUUUCUGUGUACAUUUAUUUAAAGAAUCUUUGCUUUGUAAUUACGUUGUUUUUUUCUCUUUGUUUUUGUAUGAUCUUGUUCAUUUUGUGGAAUUCUGAUACUGAUGCUAUUUAUUAUCAAUUUGAUCAGGAAAUGUAACUAUUUUGAAGAUGAUGGUCAGGUUGUGUGUGUGUGUGUGUGUGUGUGUGUGUGUGUGUGUGUGUGUGUGUGUGUGUGUGUGUGUCCGAGUGAAUCAGUGAGCAGGAGACGAGUGUAGACAGAGCGAUCGAGAACAAGAGAAAAACUGUUCUCUCUUUUUCUCUCUCUCUCCUUCUCUCCUUCCUGAGGGACAGGGUUUGAAUCUGAAUGUAUCGUGAAACAAAUCGAUUGAUUGUUUUUUUGACGCUUGAGACGCAGAGCUACCUGUCGGCUGCUUCAUAACCAAACAUUCAAAAACCCUUCGAACCAGCAGAUUUUUUUUUAAACUCUCACAUCCAAUCAUGCCUGAGUCAACAAGGUUUUGAAAUCCAUUUGGCAAGUUUUAUUGAGCUGUACACGACUGAUUUAGCAUUUAAAGCAAUUUUCAAGGUUUUUUCUGAACACUUUAAGUCUGAGUUUGGCCAACUGUGUUCCUUUCAAGCUGCAAUCACCUAUUCUAUUCUAUUUGUUGAAAAAAAAAAACGUAUUGCUUUCAAAUGUUAAAACUGCUGCUUUGCAUAUCACUUCAAGUCUAACACAUUUGGCAGCCAUAUUUUCAAAUGUGUGCAUGAAAAUUAAUUUGGUGAACUUGGAUUCAGUAGUUUGACACUAAAAUGGUGUAACUUUCUGCAGCUUGCCACAUAUCAUACAAUUAAGAGUUCCAGAAAAAGCUUGAAAUUGAAACCGGAAUCAUCAUUAAUUCACAUGUACUAUUUUUUCCCAACCAUCUGGCUUGUGACCCAUUCAAACAAACAAAACUCCUAGGCCUGUUUGUGGACAGAGAUCAACCAAAGAGUUUUUGUUUUUUUUCAUGAUUUUUCCAGAAGCCUUGAGAGGUCUCCCUUAUUAAAAUUCAAAAAAAUCAAGUGUUUGUUCCAAUUGAGUGCUCAACUUCAACAUUUCAAAUUAGCUUUAAUUUAAGGAACAUCCCAAAAUUAAAUGAUUUAUUGAAGGACCCAAAACGUAGGAACCAUUAACAUAAGCCUAUUUCUUUCCUGUUUCUGCACAUGACGUGUUCCAUGGCUUUCACAGAAAAUACAAUGCUGCAUUAGGUGAAACAGCAGCCUGCACCUGCAAACAUCACCAAGGCCCCCUUUUGUAGGAUUUCAAACGUUGUUUUGAUUCAGGCAAAAAACACAACUGAAAAGAGACAAAACUUGACCUCACUGUCAUAAAACUCAGCUUACUCUAUGAUUUUAGUUUUGGCUAGCUUCCUCACAAACCCUCUUGAUUGUUAUUGUCAGUCGGUCAGCUGACUCGGGGAAAACGGAACCCCACGCUCCCGCUCUUCUACAAUCCCAACUCAUAUCAAACAACAGUCAUAUUCCUACUGUACUUCUAGAAACCUGCCGUAAAUUCUAGAACCGCUCCAGAAAUGGAAAGUAUGAGAAGAGAGCUCGGGUAUCGCCGCACAGACAUCGGACGCUGGUUUCAUUCUCUGUCACAUAUCCCCUCUGAGGCCAAAUUGAAACAAAAGGUUUUAAAUCAAAGGGGAGGUGUGAACGGAUUCAAUGAAAGCAGCCGGUAUACUGUAGAUGAAAAAAAAAAAACAGGUGGAGAAAGACAGAGGAGAGAAAAGACGUAGAGUUAGACACGAUAGAAUGGCAAUAAGUCAGAGCAACAGUAACAGAAUGAGAAUAUAAUGUUACCAAAACCUACAACUGCAUUACGUAGCAACUUCACUGAAUUUCUAGAUUUGCACUGUCUGCCCAAUGGUCUGUGUUUGUUGUGUUGAAGAAAAACCUUAGAGAAGAUGAUGAAGACGAUGCAGAAGAAGAUGUAUAUUUUGGGGACCAACAAAGCGGUGGGGGGGUUGAAUGUAGAGAGGCUUACUACUGUACGUAACAUUACAGGGGGGUGUAGAAUGGAGAAAAAAAACUAUGUGCUAAAAAUGAAACUUCACUUUGAGAAAA